AUGAUGAAACGUGAACUGUUGACGGAUUCUUCUUCGUUGUCAUCAUUGUCAUCAAGAGAAGACACUGCAAUGUCUCCUACAGCAACACGGAUAAAUGAGAAACAACAAGGAGGAAGAGUCGGCUUGGCCGUUGUCGCUGGAUUUUUUGCAACUGUUGGAAGCAUGUUGGGUAAACUUGCUGGAAAUGCAGGAAUGGAUUCAGUAGUCGGGUUUCUUCUCAAAGGAAUCCUCUUAGUACUGAUGGUAACAAGUAACACAGUUGGCUGCACGUUUUUUGUGAAAGCGCUCAAUGCCAGCGGAUCUUCCUUACCGUGUACAAUUGCCAGUGCCGCCACCAGUUACGUUUGUUCGGCUCUAGCAGGCUCCUUGAUUUUUAACGAAUCCACGUCGAUGACUUGGUGGUGCGGCAUAUCGUUAGUUAUUUUAGGUUUAUUUUUCAUCUGUCACAGCCCAACAAAAACCGACUAUACGCCGUCGAAAUUAAAAAAACAAUAAUUGUAAAACUUGUAACAGUAUUUAAUAUCCACUCUAACGCGCAUUGGACUGAAUAAAUAAAUGGACAAUCGC